AUGAAUCAAUUGACAUUAUUUGUACUUUGCACAUUGCUGUGCUCUACACUGCUACUACAUUCUGGAGGUCUGUCGAAUGCUGACACCAGUCCAAUGUACUAUGUCAACAAUUAUUUGAACUCGUCCGAUUGCCAGUCCGAGGUGGUCGAGAUCGAUGGCUACGUGCAGGGCAUCUGUGUCUACGAGUAUUGGACUUACACCUGCAAUGCCACCGCCGCCUAUUCCUACCACUACGACGAGUACAACUGCAACGUCAAUGACAAUGUCACCGUGCUGCCCUACGACACAUGCACCAACUCGGCCGGAUACUAUGCCAACAACACCUGUCGCGACUUUGAGUUCAUCUUGGACACCUACCGUGGCUACGCCGCCAUGUACCAGUACACAUCAGUCGACUGCAAUGGCACGUAUCCAGGUGCAUUCACCAUAUCUCCCUUCCCAAUAUGUGCCGCACCCAACAGCAUCAAGUGUGAGAACGGCCAGCUCUACGCCGCCCAAUGCGACGACUUCUGCAUCAAGUGUACCAAGUACGAGGCCAUCGAACCACAGUGCGUCGAAGGCACAUACUUCACAUGUGUCGACUCCAUCUAA